CUUUUAGGAUAUGGCAAUGGCUCUUUUGCAAAUCAAACGACAUAUUUAACUGGCUCUGACCCAGUUGCUGUCGCUGUUGGUGACUUUAACAACGACACGCGACCGGAUAUUAUCGUCGCUAAUUUUAAUGACGACACUGUAGGUGUAGUACUUCGGUAUGACAGAGGAGCUCUGGAAGAUAAAAUCACAUUUGCGCCUACCGAUGGUUCUCGUUUGCGAAACUUUGCCCUUUUUGAUUUCAAUACUGAUAGCCUAUUGGAUAUUGCCGUUGUCAAUUAUGGUACUAAUAACAUAGGUGUCCUUCUUGGACAUGGGAAUGGCACUUUUGGAAAUCAAAUGGUGCUCUCAACAGGCUUAAAUUCUCAUCCUUACUCCAUCACUAUCCAUGAUUUCAAUAGAGACGAUCAAGCGGAUAUUGCCGUGGCCAAUUAUGGUACUAAAAAUCUUGUUACGUUUCUUGGAAGUGGAAAUGGAACAUUUGAAAAUCAAGGACGUUACGGUGUAGAUUUCAAUUUCGCUCCAUUGAUGAUUGGUGCUGGUAGUUUCAACAAAGAUGGGCGUUCCGAAAUGUUCGUUGCAUAUGAUGACAACGAUUAUGUAGAUGUGCUGGUUACAUACGACAUCGGAUCUUUCAGUCAUGACAUUAAAUAUUCGACUGGCCAUUGGCCUCGAUUUGUAGCUCUUGGCGAUUUUAAUAAUGAUACUCAACUGGAUAUCGUCAUCGCUAAUCAGUACGACAACACUGUAAGUAUCCUUCUCGGAUAUGGAAAUGGUUCUUUCACUAAUCAAACGACAUACUCAACUGGCUCUCAGCCAUGGUCUGUAGCUGUUGGCGAUUUUAACAACGACACCAAUCUGGAUAUCGUCGUCGCUAAUAGACAUGACAACUAUAUAAGUGUAUUUUUCGGAUAUGGUAAUGGCUCUUUUACAAAUCAAACGAAAUAUUCAACUGGCUCUGGCCCAAUUUCUGUAGCUGUUGAUGAUUUUAACAACGACGCCAAUCUGGAUAUCGUCGUCGUUAGUUGGGGUGACAACACUGUAAGCAUCCUUCUUGGAUAUGCCGAUGGCUCGUUUGCAAAUCAGACGACAUAUUCAACUGGUUCUGAACCAUACUCUGUGGCUGUUGGUGAUUUUAACAACGAUACUCGAUUGGAUAUCGUCGUUGCUAAUUUUGGUGACAACACUGUAAGUAUUCUUCUCGGAUAUGGUGAUGGCUCUUUUGCAAAUCAAACGAAAUAUUCAACUGGCUCUAACCCAGAAGCUGUAGCUGUUGGUGACUUUAACAACGACACUCAUCUGGAUAUCGUCGUUGCUAAUGAUGGUGACAACACUGUAGGUAUCCUUCUCGGAUAUGGUGAUGGCUCUUUUGCAAAUCAAACUAACUAUUCAACUGGCUCUGAGCCAACCUCUGUAGCUGUUGGUGAUUUUAACAACGACACCCUAUUGGAUAUCGUCGUCACUAAUUGGGAUGACAACACUAUGACUGUCCUGCUUGGAUAUGGCAAUGGUGUUUUUGCAAAUCAAAUGAUCUAUUCAACUGGCACUAGUCCUUCAUCUGUAGCUGUUGGCGAUUUCAAUAAUGACACCCGAUUGGAUAUCGUCGUCACUAAUCUGAAUGAAGAGAGUAUCAGUAUAUAUCUGGGAUAUCCUAAUGAAGGUUUUUUUAAGCAAAUGAGACUCAUAACUGGCAAUGGAUCUCGCCCUAAAUCAUUCGCCAUUGGAGAUUUUGACAAUGAUGGUCAAAUAGAUAUUGCAGUUGCAAAUUCAGGCACUAACAACAUCAGUAUUUUUCUGAGACACGCCAAUGGUUGUUUCGGAAAUCAAAUGGCAUAUGCAACUGAUUCCUCUCCGUGACUUUGUAAAGUACGAUUUAAUAUUGUACCAAGAAUUGGUCGUGUAUUUUUGAAAUGUGAUUCUGGAUAA